ACCAUGCCUAUGACCCUGGGCUACUGGGAGCUCCGCGGGUUGGCUUUGCCCAUCCGCCUGCUCCUGGAAUACACUGGCACCAGCUAUGAGGAAAAGCAUUACAGAAUGGGAGACGCUCCCGACUAUGACCGAAGCCAGUGGCUAAAUGAGAAAUUCAAGCUGGGCCUGGACUUCCCCAAUCUGCCCUACCUGAUUGACGGCACUCACAAGCUCACCCAGAGCAAUGCCAUCGUGCGCUAUCUCGGCCGCAAGCACAACCUGUGUGGGGAGACGGAAGAGGAGAAGAUUCGUGUGGACAUUUUGGAGAACCAGGUUAUGGACAACCGCUGGCAACUGGUGGCAAUCUGCUUCAACCCUGACUUUGAAAAGCUGAAGCCUGACUACCUGAAGGGCCUCCCAGACAAGCUGACACUGUACUCCCAGUUCCUGGGGAAGCAGCCCUGGUUUGCAGGGGACAAGAUCACCAUUGCCGAUUUCCUCGUCUAUGAUGUCCUCGACCAGAACCGUAUUUUUGCUCCUGGUUGCCUGGAUGUGUUCCCAAACCUGAAGGAUUUCAUGGCUCGAUUUGAGCUGGCCCACACCGCCCGCCUGCUCCUGGAAUACACGGGCACCAGCUAUGAGGAAAAGAGAUACUCCAUGGGAGAUGCUCCUGACUUUGACCGAAGCCAGUGGCUGAGUGAGAAAUUCAAGCUGGGCCUGGACAUUCCCAAUCUGCCCUACCUGAUUGACGGCACUCACAAGCUCACCCAGAGCAAUGCCAUUGUGCGCUACCUCGGCCGCAAGCACAACCUGUGUGGGGAGACGGAAGAGGAGAAGAUUCGCGUGGACAUUUUGGUUAACCAGGCUAUGGACACCCGCUGGCAACUUGGCACUAUCUGCUUCAACCCUGACUUUGAGAAGCUGAAGCCCGAUUAUCUGAAGGAUCUCCCUGAGAAGUUGACACUGUACUCCCAGUUCCUGGGGAAGCGGCCCUGGUUUGCAGGGGACAAGAUCACCAUUGCUGAUUUCCAUGUUUAUGAUGUCUUGGACUGGAACCGUAUAUUUGCUCCUGGUUGCCUGGAUGCAUUCCCAAACCUGAAGGAUUUCAUGGCCAGAUUUGAGGCCCUGCCAAAGAUCGCUGCCUACAUGAAGUCCAGCCGCUUCCUCCCAAGACCUAUAUUUCCUAAGGUGGCCACCUGGACGGGAAAAUAAGGCACAGUAAUUUCAAGGAUAGGAUCGGCUUUGGGGAGCUCAUGCCCCUAGCCCUGCCUCAGCCUUCUCAGUCCUCUCCCUCCACUCUCUCCUCCCAGCCUGCUGCCCCUUGUCCUCUAAGCCAGUCCCUCCCAUAGAGUCUUGGCUGGCCCAAGCUCUGCCCAAUUCCUCAGCUAUGGCUCCCUGGACUGUGGUUCCUGCACUAAGGCCAUUACUGUGGCUCCUAUCUUCUGCCAUGAGGGGCCUGAGUGUCCCUGAACUCCCCAAAUGCCAGAGAGGUCUCUGGCCUGUGCUGACCCUGCUCCUGAGUGAGAUCUCCCUGGCACUAUGUGCUCCCGAGGAAGCCUGAACCUCAGCCUGGGCCUUUCCUCUUCCCUGGGAGCUCUGACUUGGCACUGACAAUGCUGGAGUUUCGGGAAUUUCUUUUUUCUGUUGCCACAGCAGGACCUGGGAAAGAAGGAUGCUGUGGGUGGGUAUACCUGGAAAAUGGGAUGCCAAGGUGUGCUGGUCGUUUCUGUGCCCUGUGCAUGUCACUGUGUUUCUUUCUUUGGGUCCCUUUUUCUGCCUGGCUCCUCAUUCCUACAGCAUUGUGCCAUGGCUUGAAACCCCUGCAGCUUAGUCCUGGUUCUGAGAGCUGCAGGGUUGAUAGGGAGGGGCUGGCAGUCGUCGGGCACACCCACUGGGAGCUGCUCCAGGGUGCUUUCCCUGACAUGGAUAUUCCUGGUCUAUAUUUUCAGAAUGUUUCUCAAUAAAUAGUGUCACAUU